UAGCGGCCAUGGCGGGUCUGUGUUCCGGGGCCAUGGCGUUGGUGGCUGCUGGGCGGCGGAGCCGGCAACCACCUCAGCUGUUCGUGCAGAGUGCGGCACUGUGGAGCCUGAAGCCUAUUUUACACCAAUCAAGGCAACGUUUGAGAUUUUCUCGUAGUCUAUGUUCAGCAAAAUAUGAUCCUAAUGAAAAGACUUUUGACAAACUUCUUAUUGCCAAUAGAGGAGAGAUUGCUUGUAGAGUUAUUAAGACUUGCAAGAAGAUGGGUAUCAAGACAGUUGCCAUACAUAGUGAUGUUGAUGCCAAUUCUGUUCAUGUGAAAAUGGCGGAUGAGGCUGUCUGUGUUGGCCCAGCUCCCACCAGCAAAAGCUACCUCAACAUGGAUGCCAUCAUGGAAGCCAUUAAGAAAACCAGAGCCCAAGCUGUACAUCCAGGAUAUGGUUUUCUUUCAGAGAACAAAGAAUUUGCUAAGUGUCUGGAUGCAGAUGAAGCUGUCAGAAUUGCAAGGGAAAUUGGCUAUCCCGUUAUGAUCAAGGCCUCAGCAGGUGGUGGUGGGAAAGGCAUGCGAAUCGCUUGGGAUGAUGAAGAGACCAGGGAUGGUUUUAGAUUUUCAUCUCAAGAAGCUGCUUCAAGUUUUGGUGAUGAUAGGUUACUAAUAGAAAAAUUUAUUGAUAAUCCACGGCAUGUAGAAAUCCAGGUUUUGUGCGAUAAAAAAGGAAAUGCUUUGUGGCUUAAUGAAAGAGAAUGCUCAAUCCAGAGAAGAAAUCAAAAGGUAGUAGAGGAGGCACCAAGCACUUUUUUGGACCCAGAGACUAGAAGAGCCAUGGGAGAACAAGCAGUUGCUCUUGCCAGAGCAGUGAAAUAUUCUUCUGCUGGAACGGUGGAAUUCCUUGUAGACUCAAAGAAGAAUUUUUAUUUCUUAGAAAUGAAUACUAGACUUCAGGUUGAACAUCCCGUCACAGAAUGCAUUACUGGCCUGGACCUAGUCCAAGAAAUGAUCCGUGUUGCUAAGGGUUACCCUCUUAGACACAAACAAGCUGAUAUUCCCAUCAACGGCUGGGCAAUUGAAUGUCGAGUUUAUGCUGAGGAUCCAUACAAGUCUUUUGGUUUACCCUCUAUUGGCAAAUUGUCUCAGUAUGAAGAGCCAUUACAUCUUCCUGGUGUCCGAGUUGACAGUGGGAUCCAACCAGGAAGUGAUAUUAGCAUUUAUUAUGAUCCAAUGAUAUCAAAAUUAAUUUCUUAUGGUUCUAAUAGAACUGAAGCACUACAGAGAAUGGAAGCAGCUCUGGAUAAUUACGUCAUUCGAGGUGUUACACAUAAUAUUGCGUUACUUCGAGAAGUGAUCAACCAUAAACGUUUUGUUGAAGGAGACAUUAACACAAAGUUCCUCUCUGAUGUAUAUCCAGAAGGUUUUAAAGGUCAUAAAUUAACUAAAACAGAAAAACAACAGUUAAUGGCUAUAGCAUCUUCUUUGUAUGUGUCUUUCCAGUUAAGAGCACAACGAUUUGAGGAAAACUCAAGAAUUCCUGUCCAGAAGCCACAAAUGGCAAACUGGGACCUAUCAAUCAAAAUGGGAGAUGAAAUUCACUCUGUUAUAGCAUCAAACAGUGGCUCAACAUUUUGUGUGGAAGUUGAUGGGUCGAAACUAAAUGUGACCAGUGAAUGGAACCUGGCUUCACCUUUAUUGUCUGUCAACAUUGAUGGCACUCAGAGGAUUGUACAGUAUAAGGUACAUGUCUUAACUGAGCUUGCUGCAGAGUUGAACAAAUAUAUGUUGGAGAAAAUAGCAGAGGACACAAGCAGUAUUUUGAGAUCGCCAAUGCCUGGAGUGGUGGUUGCAGUCUCUGUGAAGCCAGGAGACAUGGUAUCUGAAGGUCAGGAGAUUUGUGUGAUUGAAGCUAUGAAAAUGCAGAACAGUAUGGGUGCAGGGAAAACUGGCAAGGUGAAAUCAGUGCAUUGCAAAGCUGGAGACACAGUUGGAGAAGGAGAUCUUCUUGUAGAACUGGAAUAAAAUAUUAUCCUUAAUCAUCACCCAUUUUAAUUAGCUAUUUUUAUUACUAUUCUUUCACACCAAAUUUAUUCCGGCAUUUUAUGGGAACACUCCUGUGCAGCAGAUUUUACUUGGUCAUAUUUAUUCCAUAUAUAGUCAAAACUAACAUUCUGCCAAAAAAUCACCAAUGGAAAUUUGUAUUGAUAUAAAUACUUGUACAUAUGAUUUGUACUUCUGCUGUGAGAUUUCCUAGUGUCAAAAUUAAAUCAAUAAAACGGAACAUUUGUCUAAA